CUUUUGACAUCAAUAUGGGUCACGAUAGACACAAACAGGAUCUAGUACGCAAUUCAUAUUCAUAUAGAGAAGACAUUGAGGCCUGCACCAUUAUUCUUGUUUGGCGAAAAGUACAUUUUGGAAAGUUUCAAAGUGACCUUCUAAUACGAUGAAGUGGCUUGUGACUGUCGCCUGUCUCCUGUUAACUGGUAUCAAGGGUUACACAUUAGAUGGCAGGCUUUCAGACCCGGAGAGUCCAUCUGUCGCCAUUGACCCUGAAUGUGUCGCCCUCGCUGAACAUGGCGUAUGUGAAUUCUAUGAGUGUUUCUUUGAGCGCUACCGUUGCCAUGACUUCCUGCUGGCGGAUGCCAAGACCAUCUGUAUGAAACUCCAGGACCGCAAGGACAGAUUGACUGAACCGGGAAAGAAGUGGGUUCAUGACACAGAGGUCUGCCUCCAGACAGCUCUGGUUCAGAACUACACCUCCAACAACUCCAUUGAAUGUGCCGCAUUCAGACAAUAUGGGUUCAGACAGCACACCAAGUGCUCCAUUGACAAUGGCGUCUGCAACAUAUUCUGGGACAACAAGUUCACCUUGACUGGCGUCUUGGAUAUGCACAAUCUCAGCCACAUCAGGCACACCCUAUCUGUCCUGUGGCAAUGCUCACAGUCCCGGCUGGGCAGCUGGCUAGAACAACUCGUCCGUGUCAAGCAGUUUUUCACUGGAUCAGAUUCAAAAUAGUCUCUGGAUGGACAUUAUUUUCACUUGAUGAUUCACCCUUGGGUUGAUUUGAUACUUUUCAUGUUACCGUUAACCCUUUAUUUUGCGGGGCCUUAUGUGUUUGCGAAAAACAUUCUUGCAGCCAUCUAUUUCUGAGAAUGGAUGCUUUUUCCAAUAAUAAAACCAAUUGAAACACAUCAUUCCAGACGCACCCGCCCUGGAGUUCAAGGUUGUACCCCCUCACUGCACUAGGCUCGCAAAAAUAAAGGGCUUUACAGUAGUUGACUUUGAUAAUGAUCUAAUUGUACAAUUAACGCUGUCUGUUAGAAUCUGCAUGGCGAUGGUCAUCAAAAUUUGGAAUGACGAAAAAUGAUUAUUUUAUCAACCAAGCUAGACAACUGCAUGUAAUUUCAAGCUCGCCCCAGCCCAGAUACUUUUUUUCUGUUACCAUACCAUCUGUCAAGUAAAAAAUCAAAUUGUCAAGUAUCGGAUUGUUGAUUUACGAUCCUUGAAUGUACAUUUUGUGAGAUAUAUGAGCAGUAAAUAUUUGAGAUUGA